AUGGCGAGACACGAAAGCCAGACGACCACCCAUAUACCACCGGAAGAGCCGCAAGAGCCGCAGGAGGUGAAAGGACCAUCAGCCUGGCAACAAUUCCGAGAUGGACCUUGUCUCUUCGUUGCCCGCAAGAUGUCGGCCUGGCGACCAAUCAACCCCAGUGAACUGCCUGAAGAUUCAGUCACUGUAGUUUGCAUCUCAAACACGUACAACCAGCGACCACAGAUACCGCCAGGUGAUAUCCUAAUCCACGCCGGCGACAUGGUGGGAGGUGGAUCAUCACUCGCCAACUUCCAAGCCUCACUAGACUGGCUCAAGGCACAACCUCACCACAUUAAGAUUGUGGUGGCGGGCAGACGCGACAAGUAUCUCAGCAAAACGAAGAAGGGAGGUCCUCACUGGAGAAAUGGACUUCGCCGGAAGGCCGACUGGGGCGACAUCAUCUAUCUGGAGCACGAGAAAGCCGUGGUAGCUGCCGAGAACGGACGCCUGCUCCGCGUCUUCGGAAGUCCAUACUCACCGACGAGCAUUCAUUGGACGGCCUUCGAGUACCCUCGCGAUCAAAAUGUUUGGAAAAAGAUUCCAAAAAAUCUCGACAUGCUCAUCACUCACACACCGCCACUCACACAUCUUGACUCUCUCGAGGGCUGCUGGCAUUUGCUGCAUAAGUUGUGGAAGAGUCCUCCUCGACUGCACGUUUUCGGGUCCGUUCUUGAGCACCAUGGAACUAAACUAUUGUGCUAUGAUGAUCUUCAGAACGCCAUGGAGCAGAUUGAGGUUGCGGGUGGAGGUUUCGUCAAUCUUCUCAAGGUCGUCAAAGCGUUCGUGAAGUCCUGGUUCCGCCCCGAUAGGAAAGCCAAGACCGAGCUCGUCAAUGCAUGCAUUGCUGGGGGAGAGCCGGAUUCGCACCGGGAACCGAUCACAGUUGUCAUUUGA